GAUGGAGGAAAUCAGUUCAAAUUAAGAAAAGGUCUGCGAUGGCAGCGAGUGAAGACAUCAGGCCUCCACAGACAAGGAGGAGAAUGAGUAUGGAUUACCAUCCAGUCUUCAGACUGGUCCUCGUGGGGAAAACUGGAGCAGGGAAGAGCUCCAGUGGAAACACCAUACUGGGAAGAGAUGCCUUCUGUUCGGCCGUCAGUCAGUCCUCAGUGAGCAGACAGUGCUGUAAGCAGACAGGUCAGGUGUUUGGCAGAGACCUGACCGUGGUUGACACUCCGGGACUCUUCGACACAUCGUUACCUGAGCUCACCGUGAAGAGGGAGAUCUCCAAGUGCAUCAACAUGUCGGCCCCAGGGCCCCACGCCAUCCUGCUGGUCAUCAACGUGGGGCCGUUCACCGCGGAGGAGCGAGAUGCAGUCAUGCAGGUGGAGGAGAUCUUUGGAGAGGAAGCCUGGAGUUUCACCAUCAUCCUCUUUACCCAUGAUCUUGGGGGCAGAGUCGACGUUGAGCGACAGCUGGAGGAGGCAGGGCCUGAGCUGCAGGAGGUCCUGAGGAAGGCGGGAAACAGAUACCACAUCUUCAACAACAACAGGGCCAACGAUCGGGGACAGGUCCUGGAUUUGCUGGAGAAGGUGGAGGCCAUGGUGUCUGACAAUGGAGGACACUUUUACUCCAACUUAACCUACCUACAGGUGGUGCAGCUGCUGGAUCAGAGGGAGGCGGAGCUUAGAGAGUUCUACAAGAAGAAGCUGGAGGAGGAAAUCAAAGCGGUGGAGUUAAAGUACGAGGAGAAGCUGAGAGCAGCUCAACAGGAACGCCCCCGCCUGAAGAAACGCAAAAUGGAGGAAGUGAAGGAAAUAGAGCGAUUCUAUGCAUCUCUGAACAACUCAGCACGUCCUGUUGUGGAGCAAACUGUGGCCUCUGACCCCGUAGAGGGCAUUUAUGAGUUUCACAUGUCCCUGAAACUGAAAUUCACUUAGUCAACUUAGAGAAGCUUUGAACUUAAUUCUUGUAGACCACAGAAGGUCCUCCAACAGAUCAUGGUCACACCUCCACCUGUCCUCAUGAGGUCUGCCUCUUCCAGCCGACAGUGUAGUGUUAAUUUUGGUAAUGAAAAUUAUGACGAUAAAUGUUCGUCAACGACUAUUUCUUCAUGACGAAAACGAGACUAAGACACGCUAAACUGCAUCACUGAUAAUAAAAACUAAGACAAAGUAGGUUUUGAUUUCGUUGACGAGACGAUGACGAGACGAAAACAUUAGUGGCGGAUCGUCGGACGUUCAAAAUCCAUGUUUCCCCCGCUGUGCGUCUAAUCUCUAAAGAUACAAGUAAUGCAUUCUGUGACAGGCUGAGUUAUUAUCUGAGGGGCUCAGCGUUAGCUUGGUCUCUACCUGCAGCAGGUGUGCUUUAUGAACCAGCUCUCCUCCCCUCCAUGCAUCUGUCUCAUCUUCAUUGAUGAUUUUUACCCCCGGUGUGCGUUAGUGACAAAGACACAACCAGGGGACGUCUGUUUACUAUUUGACGUUGUUGCCGCUAUAACCGUAAAAAGCUCCUGUCUUCAGCUUGAUUUAAUCCAGUUUGGUGAAACAUCAGACACAUUUAGUAAGUUUGGAUCAACUCCUUGUCAUCAAAGAUGCCGAUGCACUUCAGAGUGCCGUGAACUGACUGACUGUCCAGUGCCUCUGUCGCUGCGAGGUGCAUUCAGGGACCGUCGUAAAAGUGCAAUACAGCCCUUAUAUUGUGUCCAUGGCAUUUUUAUUUGAAAUAAGAGAAUCAAGAUAUCUUCAUAGUGGUCACAUCAAGAAAUUUUUCUUUUUACUUUUUAGCAGGCUAAAUCAUUUAACUUAAGAUAUUACACAAAAGUGUUAAAAGAGUGAAUUAUUGACUAUUUGAACACUUGGUAGCCCUGAUACUGAUAUCUGAUCGACUACAUUAAUUAUUUUAAAGAGAGAAAAUGUUUUGGCAAAAAUCAAAGACUAAAAUUUGACUAAAACUAGACUAAAAUGUUUCGAGUUUCUGCCAACUAAAACUAAACUAAGACUAAAAAGGGCUAAAAAGACCAAAAUGUGACUACAACUAACAGGCAUAUUCAUUUUAAGACUAAGACUAAGACUAAAUCUAAAAUAGCCUCCAAAAUUAACACUACGACAGUGGAUGACCUGUACCUGUAUUUUUCUUUAAUACUAACAGAGAUGAAUGAAAAGGUGUUGUAUUCCCUUUUCUGUUCUUCUUUUAUUUUGUAGUUUUGUAGUGUCUCUGUACUUCCUGUCUGUAUUCUUCUGGUUUUGUUCUAAAGUUAGUUUUCAGUGCUUCCUGUUUUAUUUUGUGGUAUUUUCUAAGUGUACAGUUUACUUCUUGUGUUCCCCUUCCUUUGUGAUCGUGUUUCUGGCCUUCACUGUGAUCAGCUGUGUCGUGUUGUCUCACCUGUCUUACAGCUGGUUACUCAGUUUGUAUUUCGCAUCUGUGUCUGUUCGUACUCAAACCUGUCCGUGUGCCCCUCUGGUUGUCCUCCUGACCUCUGUUCAGACGGAUUCUAUGUUUUGUUAUUUGGCCCUUGUGAAUUAAACCUUCAGUCAUUUGUA